AUGCCGCGUUCUCCUGCUGUGAAUCCUUUCCAGAGUUCCAAAUGGCGGGCUUUCUUUCUGGGUGGAAGGGUUCCCCCGACACUUGGGGUUUGCCUUUGGUGCAGGGUCCUGAAACACUCUGUGGCCGCCACCUAUGAGGAGCAGGGCCCAAGCCCUGGGUACCGCAUGGAGCUGUCCAUCUUCUAUGUGGUCUACUUCAUGGUCUUCCCCUUCUUCUUCGUCAACAUCUUUGUGGCCUUGAUCAUCAUCACCUUCCAGGAGCAGGGGGACAAGGUGAUGUCUGAAUGCAGCCUGGAGAAGAAGGAGAGGGCUUGCAUGGACUUCGCCAUCAGAACCAAGCCCCUGACGCGGUACAUGCCCCAGGACAAGCAGUCAUUCCAGUACAAGACAUGGACAUUUGUGGUCUCGCCUCCCUUCGAGUACUUCAUCAUGGCCAUGAUCGCCCUCAACACAGUGGUGCUAAUGAUGAAGUUCUAUGACGCACCAUAUGAAUAUGAGCUAAUGUUGAAAUGCCUGAACAUUGUGUUCACAUCCAUGUUCUCCAUGGAAUGCGUGCUGAAGAUCAUCGCUUUUGGGGUGCUGAACUAUUUCAGAGAUGCCCGGAAUGUCUUUGACUUUGUCACUGUGUUGGGAAGUAUUACUGAUAUUUUAGUAACAGAGAUUGUGAACAAUUUCAUCAACCUCAGCUUUCUCCGCCUCUUCCGUGCUGCCUGGCUCAUCAAGCUGCUGCGCCGAGGCUACACCAUCCGCAUCCUGCUGUGGACCUUCGUCCAGUCCUUCAAGGCCCUGCCCUACGUGUGUCUGCUCGUUGCCAUGCUGUUCUUCAUCUGCGCCAUCAUCGGCAUGCAAGUUUUUGGAAAUAUUGCCCUGGAUGAUGACACCAGCAUCAACCGGCACAACAACUUCAGGACGUUUUUGCAAGCCUUGAUGCUGUUGUUCAGGGGUGCCACUGGGGAGGCCUGGCAUGAGAUCAUGCCGUCUUGUCUCAACAACCAGGCCUGUGAUGAGCACACCAAUGCCAGUGAGUGUGGGAGUGACUUUGCCUACUUCUACUUCGUCUCCUUCAUCUUCCUUUGCUCCUUUCCGCUCCUGGUUCGCAUGAACAUGCCCAUCUCCAAUGAGGACAUGACCGUCCACUUCACGUCCACGCUGAUGGCCCUCAUUCGGACUGCACUGGAGAUCGAGCUGGCUCCAGGUGGGUUUCCACUGCAAUGCUGCUGGAGCCGCUCUUGCUGA